AUGGACAACGAGCAGGAGCCAGUCCAGAAGGGUCGGGAGGCGGGGCUUAUUCCGCCAUGUUGUUCCGGGGCGGAAGGCGCCGGGGGCGGUCCGUUAAUGGGCGGAGAGGCUGGCGCAGGGGCCAUCUUUGUUGAGGGCAAGGCGGGCGGUUUGACCCCGCUGUGUCCGAGGAGCUGCCCGGGUGUGAUGUUCCCUGCCCUGUACCAUCUCCGCCUGGGCGCCUGCCCCACACCCGGUGCCACGAGGGCAGCUGGCUCUGCACGGGGGUACCUGUCCCAGGAGAACGAGCAGCGGUGCCGAGGGCUGCUGGAAGCCUCCACCAGACGUUACCGGCAGGAGGCGCUGGCAGCGGCUGUGCUGGUGACACUGUGUUCUGUGGGCGGGUAUCCUGCGCUGCUCUACACACUGCGCUCCAGCACGCUGACGGGCCAGCACAAGGGAGAUGUCAGUUUCCCAGGCGGCAAGCGCGACAGCGCCGACCAGGAUGUGAUCGCCACAGCGCUGAGGGAGACGCAGGAAGAGCUGGGCCUGCACCUGGGGGCUGAGAGCGUUUGGGGGGUCAUGAGACCCCUACCCACCGGGAGGGGACUGACUGUUGCUCCGGUCCUGGCACAUCUGGGCCCCUUGGAGUGUGUGUGUCUGAGCCCCAACCCACAGGAGGUGGAGGAUGUUUUCACCAUCCCCCUGUCUCACCUGCUGCAGGCCCAGAACCACGGUUACACCCACUUCUGCAACCAGGGCCGCUACAGCUACACGCUGCCCGUCUUCCUCAACGGCCGCUACCGGGUGUGGGGGCUGACAGCCAUCAUCACGGACCUCACGUUGGAGCUGCUGGCACCCAGCGCCUACCGCCGGAGAACACGCCCACCCAGCCCCCGCUGAGUCCCCAGCCCACCUGCGCUAUGGCCUGCCCUGGCCCUGCCAACUGGCCAAGGUCUCCCUGAAGGCAGAGAGAGUCAGUGGGACAGCGUGGGCGAGUGUCCCCCCUCCUCACGGGCAGGAAGAAGAAGGGGGGCAUGCUGGGCGUGCCCCUCCCAGAGGCAUGGGACAGAACUGAGGGGGUGACCCCAGGAGGGAAUCCCCAACCCGUGAUAACACUGGGGGGAGUUCCAUGGUGGCGGGAGGGGGGAUGCUGCUGAGACCUGCGUGAGCCGUGAUGCUGGCGCCUGCUGUAUUUCAUGUGGGGCCCAAGCAUAAACAAAUCUCCCUGA